AUACACAAAAAGCCACUGAUCAAUUCAACAAAAUAAAUUUUAAGACAUUAAACAUCAGUUUAAUUAAAAACACGCAACGAAGAUGAUCGUUGCUGGAAUAUUUCUCUAUUUAAUCUGUGGAUCAGCAUUAACAUCGGGUAGUUUAUACGGUUAUGAAACUUAUGGCGGCGAAGAAUGGUGGCGUUCAAAUAAUUUUCUAAAAUUCUGUUCGCCUGGUGGCAAAAAUUACUUGAUUGAUUUUGAAAGUGGUGAACUAUCGCUUGAACGUUCGGAAUCGAUAGAAGGGCAAGAAAUCGCAGAUGUGACCUCACCGUACAUAAGUUUUGUGUGGGUGACCUUUAAAAUUUAUGAUAUUUUUUUCGAACACCAAGAUCUUCUCUACAUUCCUCGUAUCGUUGAAAAACAAGUUCAGUACGUUGAUAGAUCCGAUUUUAUUCGGCACAGUUUGCAUUCCUUUGUGGGUCCCGAUAUGCAAAUCUAUACGUUAACGUACGGACCUUCUAACAUCACCAUCGAUUCAGAUCAUCCAGAAAAAGAGCUGGACAACCUAUGGAUUAAAACUUUGGGACCAUUCUCGAAAUGGGAACAUAAAUACAUUUUUUCACAGAAUGGUGAUACUGCAAUGGAUAUUACGUUGGAACCCUUUAAAAUGCCACCGGGUCAUUCAAUUCAACUUGCUGAAAUGGAUGCUGGACAGCUAAAAGAUCUGAGCUUAUUAUUUGCUAACUUCAACACACCUAGUGGAACAGGAUAUCUAAUCACAAAUAAGCUAAAUAUAGCUAUUGAUCGGGACACAUCGGACAAAAUUGAUCAAUCUUACAUCGCAUUUACUGAGCCCAGUGGUAAGGUGUAUGACAUAUACUUUAAACAAGAUGGUUCACAAUAUGCGGCCCGUAUUGUGGAAAGGAAUAGUGACGUAGACGUAAAUAUUUUUGAGCCUAUCAUACAACUCCUAUCUUUCGUUGGCCCUGACGAGAAAACUUACCGAAUCGAUCAUAAAAACGAAAGUGGUGUGGAGAUUCCGAUUCUGGAUUCCACACCAACCACACCUUCGGACUUUCGGAUAACGUUCAUUGUGUCACACAAGUACUACACAAAACAUGUCCAUUUCAUAUUUUCAAACGAAGGGAAAGCAUUAUAUGACCGAGUUGACGAGGACGAUUCGACCAAGUUAGCUGAACAACCUGAACAACUUUUAAACGAAGUAGAAGUGAACGGCGAAUUCGCAAAGUCGUCAUUUCUGACAUUUUAUUCUCCCAGUGGCCGAAUCUAUUACAUCACUCCCGGUGAAUUGACGGCCGUAGCAAAGGGGACUCACGACAAUUCGAAUUCACCAUACAUUAGCUUCACUCUACAAGAUGGAAGAACGAGUAGUAUUUAUUACGAGUCCAGUGGCGCCACUGAAAUGAAAUUUAGCGCCUCAGAUCGAGGUAAUUCAUCGAGUUUAAUGAUGCUUCAAUCAUUUAUCACGCCAGACAGGAAAUUUCACAAAAUAUUGACAACUGUGGAAAAUGGAGUCAGGAUACCGUUUAUUGAUAUAACGCCUCAACCUAAAGAUCCUUUUGACACAAGACAGGUGGAUUGUUUAAGGCUUUAUGUAGUGACAUCAGUUAGAGAGUAUCGUUACCUGUUCACUUGGAACGGAGAUAAAUUAAUUUUAGCUGGCGCGUAUCCACUAAAACGUGUAACGACUGGUGUACUUAAGUCUUUGAUUGGAUGAUGAUUAUAAUGAGGUCAUCACCAUUUUAAACCAGUUUUAUUAUGGAGUGGUUUUAUAAGCUCUUUGUACGAAAGUUUUUUUUUUAAUAAAAGGAAUAUUCUUCUACGAAA